CCGCCUAGCUACAUGCGCUGCUUAAAUUAGCAAAGGCUUUAAGGCUUAAAGGUGGUAUGUAGUAGUAGUAUAGGGGUUUGAGAGCAACUUUUCCUUUUUUUUCUCACUGCCCCUUCAGUUAAAGUAGAGAGGCAACUCUCAGCUCUGGUGUUUUCCAUGGUUAAAGCAGAGAGCAAGCAGCUGGGAUAUGAGCAGCAGGCUGUUAUACAAGGUUGGUGACAAUUUCAUAUGUAAGUUGAUGAGUUUGAGAGAAAGAAGAUAGCAUCCAAUCCUGGACGUUGAAAAGAGCAAUGAAUAAGAGUAAUUUGGGGUCCAUCAGAAGCUCUGAUCUCAUUGAUGCCAAGCUUGAAGAGCAUCAGAUGUGUGGAUCCAAGCAGUGCCCCGGUUGUGGACACAAACUCGAAGGAAAGCCGGAUUGGUUAGGUCUACCAGCAGGAGUGAAAUUUGAUCCAACAGACCAAGAACUGAUUGAACACCUUGAAGCAAAGGUAGAAGGCAAAGACACCAAGUCUCACCCUUUGAUUGAUGAGUUCAUCCCUACAAUUGAAGGAGAAGAUGGGAUUUGUUACACCCAUCCUGAAAAACUUCCAGGAGUCACAAGAGAUGGCUUGAGCAGGCACUUCUUCCACAGACCUUCGAAAGCUUACACGACUGGGACAAGAAAAAGAAGAAAAAUUCAAACCGAAUGUGACUUGCAAGGAGGGGAAACAAGGUGGCACAAGACAGGCAAGACCAGGCCAGUCAUGGUGAAUGGCAAACAAAAAGGGUGCAAGAAAAUCCUGGUCCUCUACACCAACUUUGGGAAAAAUCGAAAACCCGAAAAGACGAAUUGGGUGAUGCACCAAUACCAUCUUGGGCAGCAUGAGGAAGAGAAAGAAGGAGAGCUUGUGGUGUCGAAGAUAUUCUAUCAGACACAGCCCAGGCAAUGCAACUGGUCUGAUAGAGCAAGCGCAACCACUGGUGAAGGAAGCAGUGAUAUUGUGCCUGCUAAUAGCAGAAGAGAUAGUGGCAGUGGGAGUUGUUCUUCUAAAGAAAUAAUACCACCCCAUUCUCAUUCUCAUUCUCAUAGAGAGCAUGACCAAAUGUCUGCAGUAGCAUCUGGGGUUGCAGCUGCUGCUCCUAUUUCAAGUUACAGUGCCAUGGACAUUCAUCAGUUGAAAUCAGACCACUUCAGCUUUGCCCCAUUCAGAAAAAGCUUUGAUGAGGUGGGGAUAGGAGGAGAGGCUUCAACAGCAAGGGAAGGACCGGCUUCCGGCACGUGCGAAGAGAUGAGAGGGGAGCACCACCACCAGAGAUCAGUACCACAGCCUCAUCAUCAUCAUCAUCAUCAUAUGGCCCAUGAAGUAGUACCUGAUCACCAUCAGCAUGAUCAACAUCAACAACAGCAGCAGCAACUACAUCAUCAACAAAUUGCUACAGCUUUCCACAUCAGCCGUCCUUCACAUCCCAUUUCCACCAUCAUCUCUCCACCUCCUCUCCAUCACACCUCCAUCAUUCUUGACCAAGACUCUUACUCUCGAAUCAUGCUCCAAAAUGAAAAUUUCCAGGCGCAGCAACAGCACCAGCAGCAACAACAACAACAGCAUCAUAAAAUGGGAGCAAGGUCUGCAUCUGGUUUGGAAGAACUCAUAAUGGGAUGCACCUCCAGCAGUAAUGUAAAAGAAGAGUCAUCCAUGCCAAACCCUCAAGAGGCAGAGUGGAUGAAGUACUCUUCCUUCUGGCCUGACCCUGACAACCCAGAUCAUCAUGGGUAGAAGAGAAAACCCAAAAGAAAAAAAGAAAAAAAAAUUCAAUAGAGAGAAUAAUAAACACACACUCAUCAAAGUCACAGUCACAGGCUCACAGACGGACAAAGUCAUUAUCCUCGUCAUCUGUAUUUUGCCACCACCCUCUCCCCCGCAAGUUCCUUUCAAACGUGAGAGGCCAAAGAAGUUGGUUUGGUCAUCAACUUUUUCUUUCUUUUCUCUAUCUUGGGGGGUCUCUGGCUAGCUAAGCUCUCUCUCUCUCUCUCUCUCUCUCUCUCUCUCUCUCUUGGGUCUCAACUGAAUUAACUGAGCAAACAGUCCAUGUUGGAAAGGAAAGAGAGAAAAAAGAAGAAAAGGAGAAAAGAAAAGGAAAAGAAAA